UGUCAUCGAAAAAUACUGAAUGUUUCAAUCCUACGGCUUCUGAAACUACAGAUGCUGUUUGGGGAGCAUUUUGGUCGCGCUACUUUGAGGAUUUCCCCACUAAGGGAAUGUAUUUUACCUGAAUGUGGAUGCACCCAACGACUCACCUGAAACCUAAUCUCGUCUGCUGUGUGGAGAACAUAAAAACACAAAGAGGAAAGGAAAGGAAAAGGAGGAAAAUAAUCUAGAGGAGAAGGAAAGUACAACUGGAGGUCACUUACUCUGACAUGGAGGACGUUUCCCAGAGGUCGCAGUAAAGCACAUCCUGUCCAUUUCCCUGUGUAGUGGUCCCCUCUGGCAGAGGAUUGCUUUCUACUUCCAGACACUUUCACUGCUCAGUGGCAUAUCCAUACCCUGGGUGAGAUAGAGUACAGACACUAGCCCACAGGAGAAAGUCAACCCUUUCUUACAACGCACUCGCUCUCCCAGGCCUUUUAUCCCUCUCAGAGAGCCCCUCCCUGGGGUCAUGCCUAUCCUACUCACUGCCGACGUCUCCUUCAGCUCCAAGCAGGAGCUGCUGGACCUCCAGGACGGCCCUAUGUGCCCCUCCCUAGAGACACCCAGCCCUGUAGACUCUCAGGAGGACAGCCCAGUGGGUUCAGGCCCUGGCAGCGCCACUGGAAAUAGCCCCGCUCGCCACAUCAUCCUCACCCGGGCUGCUACCCCACUGCCUGGACAGCUUUACACGGGCCAAGCACCCGCGGAGACCCCACUGGGCCUCACAUUCAUCCCCACACACUCAGAAGGCCUGUGUGGCUGGGGGGCUCUGACGCCCCGAGUCAUCCAGACCUUCAACACCCCUCGCUGGGUACUGUUCUUCCUGUGUGUGGCCUCCUUCCUCCAGGGCAUGAUCAUCAACGGCUUCAUCAACACCGUGGUGACCUCCAUAGAGAGACGUUUUGACCUGCGCAGCUACCAGACCGGUCUCAUCGCCAGCUCCUACGACAUCGCUGCCUGUGUGUGCCUGGCCUUUGUCAGUUACUUUGGUGGGACGGGGCACAAGCCUCGCUGGCUGGGCUGGGGGGUGCUGGUCAUGGCGCUAGGAUCUCUGGUGUUCGCCCUGCCUCACUUCACCACUUCCCCGUACCAGGUAAGCAUGCCCGAGCAGACAGGGGUGUGUACGGGGAACCGUACCAGACGUUGCCAUGAUAACGAGGGUGGGGGCCUGUCCAGCUACCGCUUUGUCUUCAUGCUGGGCCAGUUCCUGCAUGGGGUGGGAGCCACGCCCCUCUACACUCUGGGCGUCACCUACCUGGACGAGAACGUCAAGUCCAGCUACGCCCCGGUGUACAUCGGGAUCUUCUAUACAGCAGCCAUCGUGGGCCCAGCUGCAGGGUAUCUUCUAGGAGGAUACUUCCUCAACAUCUACACAGAGAUCCACAUGACGACGGAGCUGACUCCAGAGAACCCUCUGUGGGUGGGGGCCUGGUGGAUUGGCUUCCUGGCAGGAGGCGCAGCAGGGCUGGUCGUCGCCCUGCCCAUCCUGGGUUACCCACGCCAACUACCAGGCUCUCAGAAGUAUGUGGCCAUGCGUGUGUCUGAGACCCACCAGCUGAAAGAUGGCAGUCAGGCCAGUGCAUCAGACCCUCAGUUUGGGAAGUCAGUGAAAGACAUGCCCAGGUCAGUGUUGCUCCUGCUGAAGAACCCUCCCUUCCUCUUCCUGUGUCUGGCGGGGGCCACAGAGGCCACCCUCAUCGCUGGCAUGUCCACCUUCGGCCCCAAGUUCCUAGAGUCUCAGUUCAGUCUGAGUGCAUCUGAGGCAGCCACCUGGUUUGGCUACAUGGUGGUACCCGCGGGUGGAGGGGGCACUUUCCUGGGUGGCUACAUCGUGAAGAAGCUGAACCUCCGUUGCCGUGACAUCAUUAGGUUCUGCAUAGUGUGUGCCGUCAUCAGUCUUCUUGCCAUCUUCAUCUUCCUCAUCCACUGUCCCAACGUCCCCAUGGCCGGGGUGACUUCCCCCUACCGCAGCAACCUGCCACCGGGUCAUCAGUACAAUGAACAGUACUAUGAGCCAGCCCACAACCUCCACAACAGUUCUUGGUUGGGGGACAACCUGAUGGUGGGCUGUAAUGCAGACUGUCACUGUUUACGAGAGCUCUAUAACCCAGUCUGUGGAUCCGACGGUGUGAUGUAUUACUCCCCUUGCCAUGCAGGCUGCAGCACAGUCAACCACACGGAGGUCUCCACAGGUAGACAGGUGUACUUGGGCUGCAGCUGUGUGGUGGGGGGGAACGUCACGUCGGGGCAGGAGGGUCUGGCUCUGGAUGGGAAGUGCACCAGCUCCUGUAGUCACAUGCCAGCCUUCCUCACCUUCCUCUUCAUCAUCAUCUUCUUCACCUUCCUGUGUAGUAUCCCCGCCCUCACUGCUACCCUCAGGUGUGUCCCAGACAGCCAGAGGUCCUUUGGACUGGGAAUCCAGUGGAUCGUGGUGAGAAGUCUAGGUGGGAUCCCAGGCCCGAUAGCGUUUGGCUCUGUGAUCGACAUCUCAUGCAUGCUGUGGCAGGACCAGUGUGGAGAGCAGGGCUCCUGCUACCUCUACCAGAACUCUGCCAUGAGCCGCUAUACACUCAUCGCUGGCAUCAUCUACAAGGUUCUUGGCAUGAUGUUCUUCCUGCUGGCCAGUGUUCUGUACAAGCCCCCUCCAGAGUCGCCCCAGAGCAGCUGUGAGAGCACCGACCACGGGGCAGGGGAUAGCGGGGGAGAGACGGGGGACCUCUCCAUCAAGGACCUUCCACCAAAAAUCAUCACCAAUGUACACGCCAGUUCCAGGUCUAGGAGUUGGAAGGAGGGUUCAAACCGUAGCCCUCUUCUCCUGCAGCCUGUGAGGCCUACUGUCCAACGUCAGUCUGACAAUGUCAUUACCGUGGAGCGGUCUCCUAAUGGCGAAGGAAGGUCGUUGGGCUGAAGUGUGCUGAGGCGCCAGUGAGAGUCGUUGGCCAAUGCCUCUCAUUGGUUUCAAAGGAGACUUUGAUCUGAACACCGUGGACUAUAUGCUGCUCUGCUGCUAUGGAGACGGACCACAACACAGUGCCUUCAAGAGCUGAGGGGGAGUCAAGACCGAUAGGUUUACUGUGUGUGUGUAUUGUAAGUGUGGAUGUGUUUAGAUGAAAGGAAUGCAUGAGGAGGCUCGGUAUGUGACUGUGUUUUAACGCGCCUCCGUUAUAUUACGCUCCACUGUUGCUGUUGGAUGAAGAAGAGGCAUACAAGCUGAAACAGCAGAGUGGUGCUUUGUUGCAUUGACAUGGAUUGUGUUUUCACUGCAAGAUUACCGUGUACAUUUCUGUGUACAUUACCGUGUGCAUUUCUGUGAAUACGUAUUAUGUACCAACCAUCACCUUCUUUGUGAUUCACCAAUCCAUUUACCUUAUCCAAUUUUGUUGGACGUUAACUUCAAUCGGCUUCGUGCUUACUGUGUGUGUCCUCGUGUACUGUGUACUGAUGUACUGUGUACUGAUGUACUGUGUACUGUGUACUGAUGUACUGUGUACUGUGAUAUGUAUUACUUUCCGACCACACGUGUAUUACAGUUUUUCCCGAUUGUUAUUGAGACAUGUUCUCUGAAACUACAUCUCAGGUACUCAAAAUUCUAAACACAAAAACAGCCAAUUUCCCCCAAACCCCACAGACGUCUUGCAAAAUGAAACACAAGCGAUCAAGAUCAUGUACUCCCUGCUCAAAGGGAAACUCUGAAUACAAAAGGAGACACACAUACAUCAAAUUAAUCAAACUUAGUGACAACUGAGAUCACACCGGUGUGACAUGUUCAAAACACUAUCUAUCUAUCUAUCUAUCGGGAUGAAGGUAAGACCCAGGCGCAGACCGUGUCGAAGUAACAAUGUUUAUUACAGCAACAGAGGCAAAGGUACAGGACGGCAGGCAGGCUCAGGCAGAGUGAUCAGGUGGGUUCAGGAUCAGGCAGAGUGAUCAGGUGGGUUCAGGAUCAGGCAGAGUGAUCAGGUAGGUUCAGGAUCAGGCAGAGUGAUCAGGUGGGUUCAGGGUCAAGCAGAGUGAUCAGGUGGGUUCAGGGUCAGGCAGAGUGAUCAGGUGGGUUCGGGGUCAGGCAGAGUGAUCAGGUGGGUUCAGGAUCAGGCAGAGUGAUCAGGUGGGUUCAGGAUCAGGCAGAGUGAUCAGGUGGGUUCAGGGUCAGGCAGAGUGUUCAGGUGGGUUCAGGGUCAGGCAGAGUGAUCAGGUGGGUUCAGGGUCAGGCAGAGUGAUCAGGUGGGUUCAGGGUCAGGCAGAGUGAUCAGGUGGGUUCAGGGUCAG